AGUGCCUCACACUUGUGUUCCGGGGUCGAUCUGUACACUGUAGAAAAUCAUCAUUGUGUACCUUUUUCAUUUUCUAUUCACGUCGUUUUUACACGGACAACUGAAGGGGGAGUCUGGGGGAUUUAUCGGAAGGAGAGACGCUUUGAAUACGGCACGGAGAGAUGAACUUCUUCAGAGGAGUGAUGGGGGGACAGGCCGCCGGGCCGCAGCCCUCCGGAGCCGAGACGAUCCAGAAGUUGUGUGACCGGGUAGCCUCCUCGACGCUACUAGAAGACCGCAGAGAUGCUGUCCGGGCCCUCAAGUCCCUCUCUAAGAAAUAUCGCAUGGAAGUUGGCACACAGGCGAUGGAACACUUGAUUAACAUUCUGCAAACUGACAGGUCUGACUCUGAAAUCCUUGGCUAUGCUUUGGACACACUCUACAACCUCAUCUGCAAUGAUGAGGAGGAAGAGCAAGAUGAAUCAGAAGACGCAGUAACCCCUAUCCCUGCCUCAGGGAAGCAUAAGAAUGUUUCCAUGCCUGAUGAGGCCAUGCAGAAGCAGUCUGAUGACCUCGGGGCUCAGUUCACAGAGCAGUUCAUUCAGGACCCCGAACACAUCACUCUGAUUCUCAGUCUGCUGGAGGAGUUUGACUUUCACGUACGCUGGCCCGGGGUGAAGCUGUUGACCGCUCUCCUGAAGAACCAGGGGGUCCAGGUCCAGGGGAUUAUUCUGGUCAGCCCCAUGGGUGUUUCCAGAUUGAUGGACUUAUUGGCAGACUCUAGAGAAGUGAUCCGUAAUGAUGGCCUGCUGUUGCUUCAACAGCUGACCAAAAGCAAUGCUGCUAUUCAGAAAAUCGUGGCAUUUGAAAGCGCAUUUGAGCGUCUUCUAGACAUCAUCACAGAAGAGGGCAGCAGCGAUGGAGGUAUCGUGGUGGAGGAUUGCUUGCUGCUGCUGCUCAACCUGCUGAAGAACAACAGCUCCAACCAGAACUUCUUCAAGGAGGGCUCGUACAUCCAGAGGAUGAAGCCCUGGUUCGAGGUCGGGGAUGAUAACUCUGGCUGGUCUGCACAGAAGGUCACCAACCUCCACCUCAUGCUGCAGUUGGUGCGAGUCAUGGUGUCUCCGGUGAACUCCCCUGGAGCUUCAGCCAGCUGUCAGAAGUCCAUGUACCAGUGCGGCCUGCUGCAGCAGCUGUGCACCAUCCUCAUGGCCACGGGGGUGCCUGCUGACAUCCUCACUGAGACCAUCAACACUGUGUCAGAGGUCAUCCGGGGGUCACAGGUCAACCAGGAUUACUUUGCAUCCGUCAACGCUCCUUCAAACCCACCCAGACCAGCCAUCGUGGUGCUGCUCAUGUCCAUGGUGAAUGAGAGACAACCGUUUGUGCUUCGCUGCGCCGUCCUCUACUGUUUCCAGUGUUUCCUGUACAAGAACCAGAAAGGACAGGGAGAGAUCGUGGCUACGCUGCUGCCCUCCACCAUUGAUGCCAAUUCCAUCUCCGCGGGCCAGCUGCUGUGCGGAGGCCUGUUCUCAGCGGACUCUCUCUCCAACUGGUGUGCCUCCGUGGCCCUGGCCCACGCCCUGCAGGACAACCUCACCCAGAAGGAGCAGCUGCUGAGGGUCCAGCUGGCCACCAGCCUGGGGAAGCCCCCCGUCUCCCUGCUGCAGCAAUGCACCAACAUCCUCUCACAGGGAGAUAAGAUCGCCCGGCGGGGCAGUAAGGUGCAGACCCGCGUGGGCCUCCUCAUGCUGCUGUGCACCUGGAUCAACAACUGUCCCAUCGCUGUCACUCACUUUCUACACAACCAGGAGAACGUUCCUUUUCUGACAGCUCAGAUCUCAGAGAACUUGGGGGAGGAUGAGCGGCUGGUCCAGGGUCUGUGUGCGCUGCUGCUCGGCAUCUGCAUCUUUUACAACGACAACUCGCUGGAAAACUACACCAAAGAUAAGCUGAAGCAGCUCAUCGAGAAGCGGAUUGGAAAGGAGAACUUUGUGGAGAAGCUCGGCUUCAUCACCAAACACGAGCUGUACUCGCGGGCGGCCCAGAAGCCUCAGCCUGUGUUCCUGUCUCCGGAGCAGAUGCUGUUCGACCACGAGUUCACCAAGCUGGUCAAAGAGCUGGAGGGUGUGAUCACAAAAGCAGUUCACAAAUCCAGCGAGGAUGAGAAGAAGGAGGAGGAUGUGAAGAAGACUUUAGAACAACAUGAUAAUAUUGUAAUGCAGUACAAGGACCUGAUCCGAGAACAGGAUGCUCAGAUCCAGGAGCUGAAGGAGCAGGUAGCGACCAUGACGUCUCAGAGCGAACAGAUGCAGACGACGGUCACACAGCAGCUGUCCCAGAUCCAGCAGCACAAAGACCAGUACAACAUCAUCAAGCUCAAACUAGGUAAGGACAGCCAGUCUCAGGCGAACAGCCAGGCGGACUCUCAGGUGAACGGGCUGCAGACGGAGGAGCUCUCGCAGCUCAGAGAGGAUCUGGAGGAGCUCCGGCAGCAACACACACUCCUGCAGACACAGCUCAGUGACAAAGACGCUCUCAUCAACACCCUGAGAUCAGAGACAGCAGAAGGUUCGGCAGCAUCAGACAACACAGAAAUGCUCAAGGAGCUUGAUGCUCUGAGGAGUCAGGUCCAUUCCCAGGCGACAGAAAUCGACCAGAUGAAGACAGAGAGACAAGAGCUGCUCCGAAAAGCCGAAGCUGUGUCCUCGGAGGCGGUCUCCAGCAGUGACGGCUCGUUAGACGCUGCCAAGAUGGCGGAAGUGGAGAGCAGACUGGCAGCUCAGACGAGCGAGACAGAGAGACUCAAGGAGGAGUCGAAGAGCUUGUCAAAGAGCCGGGUGGAUCUGGAUCAGCAGCUGGCCGCAGCCACCAGCACGGCGGCCAUCUUGCAGACGGAGAAGGCCCAGCUGCAGACGGAGGUGCAGGAGUCGAAGAAGGAGCAGGACGACCUUCUGAUGCUGCUGGCCGACCAGGACCAGAAGAUCCACAGCCUCAAGCUGAAGCUCAAAGCCCUGGGAGAACCGGUGGACGAUGAAGACGAUCUAGACGCCAGGGACCAAACAGACGACGAUGAAGAAGACGAUGAUGAAGACGAGGACUAGAGGGAAAACACUGAAAGAAAAAGAAAAAGGAGAGAUGGGAAUAUUUGUCUGUCAACAGGCAGAAAAAAGAACUGUGCAGAAACACAGCUGAGAAACUGAAGAAUAGGACUAAUAUAUUGAAGCAGUUCCUCCCCUCCGGCUGCCAUGCUAUCUUCAUCUUUCUUUUACUUCCUGUCACAUGUUAGUUAUUAUUUCCACUGGUUCAGUUUUCCGUGACAGCAAAGAGAUUUCAGUGCAUUCAUCUCUGCUACUUUUACCGUCAGUUUGUGAUGGAUUUUACCAGUCUUGUGUUUAUUGUAAUGUAUUUUCAUAUAGUUUGUAAUCACAAGAAAAUAGACGCUAAGUAAUUAUUAAUACACGUCAUGAGUAAAAUUCAGAGAGAAGGAUUUCAAAUGUAGCAAAGAUGCAUCUGUAAAGAGGUUAAAUAUUAUUCUCAUUUUAUCAUUGACAUACAGUUAGGCUCAGCUGCAGCGUGGCACUGUGCUGCUCGCUGAAUUGAUCUUCACUCCCAUCAGUUCUGCUAUAUUUCAUUCUGUUCAUUUCCCUUUGACGACAGAACCAACCCGCUCUACAAUAUGCUGCAAAACACUGACGGAAAACAUGUCAAGACAAAAAAAAUGAGAUAUUUUUGCAACUUUUUGUCCAGUACUGGCAUCCAGCUUCUGUAUUAUAUUGUGUAACUUAUCAGUUUAUGAGCCACAUUGAAAUGAAUAAAAAAUCUAUCGGUCU